UUGUGGCUAGGGACCUAUUUUAGGACAGCAACAAGCAUAAGCUUAAAGUAGGCCAGCCUACAUGACAGUUGAUUAUUUCGUACACAAUGACGAUACAUUGAUCUUCCUCUUUAAAAAAAAUAAUGAAAUGAAAAUAAUAGGCCCACAUUAUUUAAAUAGGGCCUAUCUGAAAAGCAGUUCCAGUACUACCACAUCUAUCCCACGAGUGAGCAAUGCUGUUCAAUUAUCUACAGUGCUGCGGUUCUUAAAAUAGACAACUGAAAAAAAUUGCUUCAGCAGCCUACCUAAAAUAUUUAAAUAUCAUUCAUCCUUGAACUCGAACAUAAUUUAAAUGUCAGGUUUGAUAGCGAUGUUUGGCGAGUUUUUAUUUAACGCACAUUUAAGGCCAGACUAAUUGCAAAUAAUUUUCUAACUUGGCCGUGUGAGAAUAAAUACAUUAUAUUAAUUACAUAAAUUACAUUAAUGAAAAAUCAACAGGUUAAACAAGCUAUCAGUCUCUCAAAGUUGAGAUUUUUCGCUCUUGAGCAAGGAGGUCCCGAAUUGUUUUUGUCCAAUGCAUUUUGGGUAAUCGAAGCGCUGUAUCAGUCACGAUGACGUGGGCAAGUCUGAAGAGUGGAGGUUGGAAAAAGAAGAAAAUCACAGCCCUCGCUACCUUCAGACAAUAUAGUCUGAAAGCACAGAUGGCUAUAAGGACAACUUUUUUUUAUGGGAACCUACUGACAUGGACAAACACCUCAGUCCCGGAUGCCACGGAACCGAUUACACCGCUUCACAGGCGAGUUCGAGUCGAAAGCCUAGGACUUUAGGGGGGGCUGGUUCCAGACAUCCCAGCAUCGAGGCACUUGACAGUCCUACAGGAUCACACGUUGAAUGGUGCAAACAGCUGAUAGCAGCUACCAUCUCAAGACCCGUGGCACCUGAACCAAUGGCUCGUGAUUACAAGGCGCUGAGAGAUGGGAAUAAACUGGCCCAGAUGGAGGAGGCCCCUCGCAUCCCUGGGGAGUCCAUCAAAGCCAUAGCCAAAGACGUCAUGUAUAUUUGCCCCUUCUCUGGGGCUGUUAGCGGUACUUUGACCAUCACCAACUACAAACUCUACUUCAAAAGCCUGGCUCGGGAGCCUCCAUUCCUCCUGGAUGUGAAUCUGGGCGCGAUCAGUCGUUUGGAGACUAUUGGAGUGCAGAAUCACGGCGAGAACACAAGAGGCCUCGAGAUCGUGUGCAAAGACUUAAGACACCCCCGAUUUGCGUACAAGAAGGAGGAACAGAGUAAACUGCAGAUUUUGGAGAUGUUGACCCGAUAUGCCUUUCCUCUGUCUCAUGAUCUGCCACUGUUUGCAUUCUUGUACCAAGAGAAGUUUCCGGAAGAUGGCUGGAAAGUGUAUGACCCUGCAGUAGAGUACAAAAGACAGGGAUUGCCCAACGAGAGCUGGAUCAUCAGUAAGAUCAACUGCAGUUAUGAGGUGUGUGACACCUACCCUGCUCUCCUGGUCGUGCCCUCCAGCAUCAGUGAUGUUGAGCUAAAGAAAGUGGCCACCUUCAGAGCCAAGCAUCGCAUUCCAGUUCUGUCGUGGAUCCACCCAGAGAGCCAGGCUGCCAUUAUUCGCUGUGGCCAGCCUCAGGUCGGUCUGUCAGACCGUCGGUGCAAGGAGGACGAGCGGUACCUGCAGAUCAUACUGGACGCCAACGCCCAGUCACACAAGCUCACCAUCUUUGAUGCACGGCAGAGCAGUGUGGCCGACACCAACAAGGCCAAAGAUGGUGGCUAUGAGAGUGAGAGUUUCUACCCCAACGUGGAGCUGAACUUCCUGGAGAUCCCCAACAUCCACGUAAUGCGCGAGUCUCUGAGGAAGCUGAAGGAAGUGGUGUACCCAGCCAUCGACGAGGCACACUGGCUCUCAGCCGUGGAUGCUACCCAC